AUUCAUGAUUGCUACUUGGAACGAUUAUCAGAUAAAGAAAUAUGCUAUUUGAUUUUCAUAUUUCUUUUAAAGAUUCGAUAUGAACAACUUCAUUUAGCAGAUAUUCAAGCCUACAAACUAUUUAUUGAAACACUGCCUCAUUGCGCUCCUUCAACACAGACAGCAUGGCGGCAGGCAAUGGAAGCCUUUACAGAAAAAGAAAAACUGCAAGUAACAUACGAUGAUAUGAUUCAAGAUUAUCUUUAUUCGGGUGUUUAUCCAAAUGCUACAGGGUCAACAAAGUUUGCUCUAUUCAAUGUAUUGUAUGGAUCAGAAUUUGAGCCACUGCAAGUAAAUCAAUUUCAGUUCUCAACUGCUUUUACAAAAUAUCUCCCAUUGAUUCAUUCUUCAGAACAGAGACGCAGGCUUGCAUUGAAUACAACUUUUAUUGAAAGUCAGUUAGAUAGAAUGCAACUUGAUGUGCCCACAAUGGAGUGCAAUCUAAUACAUGAAAUCAGUUUUGAUAAUUAUGAUGAAUUUGAAACUAUGUUUAGAGAAUGCCUUGUGUUGUUGGAAUCAAGCCAUUUUCUAUAUAUGACAACUAUUGUGUUUGCAAUCAUUCAGCUAUUCAAAUAUGCUCAGCUACAUUAUGAUGUCCAACCUUUGGUUGAACUAUGUCAGGCAACAUGGUUUGGGAGAUAUCAUCAGUUACUUUACGAGUAUGCUUUCGAAUCAGAAACCGAUAGAAUACACCAAAGACUGUGUCGAUUAGCAGUUUGUUAUAUGCAAUUUAAACGUGUGCUCUCUUUUCCACAUACUCCAUUCCCUGUUGCCAUAUGGGAUCAACACUACCUUGAACGAUCCAUUUAUCUUUCUUCUAUUAACCAAUUCAACAAAACCAACCAAGACGUAUUAAGACUUGUUGAGAAAAUCGUCUUUACUACGACUGCAUAACUUUUUUAUUUCUAGCAUCAUUCAAAUAAACGCCAUUCAAAUAAACAAGAGGACCAUGCUGUGUAUGCUUUGGAUCUAAGAGAUCAGAUAAACCAAGCCUCCAAGAAUCUUUAAAAGAACCAUACAUAUCAUAUCCAUUCUUGUACCAGCAAGAAGCUACACCACCAUGAAGUUGGCCUACAAUACGAUGGUGGGCAUCAAAUAAGGGUGAUCCUGAACUACCUGACUCUGUUGUGCCAUAUGUCCAUCUUUCUACUUUCCAAUGAUCAUUUUCUGGACAUUCAUCCCAACAAGAAGGUAAUAAAUGACCGUCGUACAUGGAAAUCUUUUUAAAAUCACCACUG